AUCGAUUAACUGGAUGCUGAGGAGUUUCAACAAUUCCUGAAGUGGACGAGAUAUCACACAUGUCAUGCUUUACUUUUUUUGUACAGCCUAAUCUGAUGCGAUAUAUGCUGUAUGAUAAAUACUGUUACGGAUACACCUUUCAAACCUAGCCAAAAUUUGUUAGCGAAAGUUAUAAGUGGUGAUACCUUUGACUGUUCCGAACAGUAUAUGAUUAAUUUCGAAGUUGAAAAUGACGGAUUUCCCGGGGAUUAUAAGCGAUGAUCACCUCGACGAUCUCGGUUACUGCGAGACAGCUGACAUCAGGAACGUAUCGGAGGAGAGCGCAUGGGGUUGGUCCUAUUCUGGCCCAGAAUGGGGAUUCAAUACCAUCUUUCUGCCCAUUGUCAUGACCAUCGGCGUGCUCGACAACUGCGCCUUUAUCUUCGUGGUAUACCGCGUCAAGAGCAUGCAGACGAUUACCAACUAUUACCUCGUCAACCUCGCCUUCGCGGAUAUGAUGUUCAUCACCUUCGCAGUCGUCCACAAGAUCAUCAAGAUCUUCACGUCACCGAUUUCUUUCGACGAUUCCGGGCUUGGUCUCGAAGGCUGCAUGGUGAUAUUUCUCUUUCUCAGCGCCGCCUACAAUGCUUCGAUGUGUUUCAUUACAGCAGUGAGCGUCGAGCGGUACAACGCGGUGUGCAAUCCGCUGAAGAUGCAUCAGGCUCAAGGUUCGAAGCGCUGGUCAUUUACAAGAAAUGUCUGCAUCGUCUCCUGGGUCGUCGCCUUCCUCGUCUCCGGCACAUUUCUACCCAGCUACGGUAAAUACGAACACAGCUGCUACGAGUGGCCAGACGUCGAGCCAUACAAGAACUGGCCAAAGAAGACGAGCCAUUGUAACCCCUUUUCACUGGUCGCAGACAGCUACACCAGCGGUGCGCAGACGAUCCCUUUCUUCAUCACUCUCGUCGUAAACUUCAUCCUGCAUCACAAGACCCUGAAGGGUUUGAGCAGCUCUCUCGGCAAAACCAAGGGUGACGGAUCUCGGAGCGAACGUGACGCCAAGAUCCACAGCCAGACUGUUCGCAUGCUGGUCGUCAACAGCGUUCUCUUUUUCGUGUUCCUCUCACCUUUCGAGUUCAUCUCCUUGUUCGUCAUGAUCAACAUCCUCAUCACAGGCGGUAUCGUCAUCCCAGGUAAAACGCUGACGGUGUAUAUCUACAUCGCACGUACACUCACGUACCUCAACUCUCUCUCCAAUCCGAUCAUCUACACAGUCUUUUGUAAAAGAUAUUUUAAUGCUUUCAAGGAGGCUUUUGGACUUAAAUCAAAACUAUCGAGAGAUCCUUCAGUGAGUACCGUUUCUAAAAACGUACGAUAAAUAUUAUUUUGUUUGGGAAAUGCAGCAUUUGAAAGAUUGAACCAAUGCACCCUAUUACAAUAUGAAUUUGAAGAGAUUCACUUAAAUGCAAUGCCAAGACGAAAAAAAACUUAUCAACUUUAUUUGGCUCACGGUCCUAUUUUCAUAUCCUGGUAUUUUCCAUAUUUAUCUCCCUUUCCCUUAAAUCACCGUUAAGGUACCUGUUUAGUUAUUCCAAUUUGGUCUACUCUUUUAUUAAACGCAUUUACUAGCUCCUGGUUUCUGAAAAUAUAUUCUAAUAAAACAUGAUCAAGCGAAUUCUACAUCUCAGUUUAUUCAGACCCUGGUAUACAACGCCAUUGAAGAAAAGCAAAAUGCUUGUUUUGUGAGUAAAUUGAUACUGUUAACAUCAUAAUAAUUAUAAUUCUGAUAUUAAUGUUAGAAGCAAAUUUCAGCAUCAAAGAGGAAUAAAUGACGAUUAAGUGAUAUGUGGUUGGAAUUCAAGAAUCAGAGAUUUAAUCUCCCGUUUAUAUUUGUCUGUAUUACGUACGCAAAAUCAUGUACAAUGUUGGUUUUGUCUUUAAAUUCAUUGAUACUUUUCCCAAUACCGUGAUGCGCAUGGAACAUCCAAUCGUCUAUUUCAUAACAUGUCGCCUGUAUUUUUUAGGUUUAGAUUUUUUUUGACGAAUAGUUUUUUCCUUCCUUGCAGCCCAAUGAUAUGAUUAUAUGCCAUUAAAUUUGUAUUUACAGAAUGUAGUGGCCUAUUCAAUUUCUGGUGGUUGUUGUGACUCCCUAACAUAUAUAUCUCUAUAUAAUUGAUUAAGACGGCAUAAUUUAGUUGGCUUACGCUGUGAAUUGACAAAUGAAAGUACUUGUAAUGUCGAAAAUAUUAUACAUUCUGAAUAAAUUUGCAACAGAAAUGGUAUUCAUUGCAUUCAAAAUUUAAUUUAGUAGUCAUUGGGCUAAAUUAUAGUAGAAUUUACAGUGUAGAAUACAUUAUGAAGUUUUUCAACAGGAAUAUUUGACAUAAAUAAUGAUUUGUAACUGCCUGUAUGGGGUUUUCUUGCCUCUUUAGCCUGUUCCUCAUUUUCAUUGUAU